AUAUAGUGUCGAUUACAAAUUAUUAAUUAAAAUAAAAUUGCAUUUAAAAUUUAUUCCGUAAAAGUGCUCUAAAAUGUUUACAACCACUUUAAAGCAAAGUUUAGUUCAAUUAACUUUCAUUUUCUUGCUGUUGGAAUUAAUUUUCAUUCAUGUCACUCUUGUAUCGUGUGCUCCCUCUGAGUCUUUGCAGAAAAAUGGCAUUGAUGACAGCUGUGUUCAUACGCUGGCCUAUGCAAAACCCAGUUUCUUUAAACGUCACUUUGACAUGUCGUUUAUGAAGAAGUUUUUCAAACAUUGGGUACCCUUCACGAGUGCUGAUCGCGUGAAAAUGCAAUUCUAUUUGUAUAAACGUGAUUUUCCCGAAUGCGGUCGGGAGUUACGUACCGACGAUGAAGAUAGUGUCAUGCUUUCCGGCUUUAAUGCCGAUCAUCCCACCAGAAUCAUCAUACACGGCUGGAUGAGUCAAAGUAAGGGGACAUUUAAUCGUGCUGUAAAAAAUGCUUACAUGAAUCUCACAAAAAUCUCUAUUAAUAAUACAAACGAAAAUAAAACUGAAUCUGUUGAAAGCAAUGACACCAUGCCACCGCCAACAGCUGGGCCCGAGGAGUUCAAGCAAGAAGAGGGCAAUACAUUUGUGGAGAAUGAUGCUGACAGAAAUUCCACAAUAGACUACAAUGUCAUUGUGGUUGACUGGAGUGUUAUAUCAUCGAAUGUCAACUAUUUUGGUGUGGUGGAUUUAAUCGAUGAUUUAGGUUUUCUUUUGGCAGAAUUUGUGCGUUUCCUGCACUUGAAAGCGAAUCUGUAUUUUGGUGAUGUUUAUCUGAUAGGACAUUCUUUGGGCGCCCAGAUUGCGGGCAGUGCUGGCAAACAGGUGCUGCCAUUUCGUUUUAAUACCAUUUUUGCCCUAGAUCCAGCCGGUCCCAAAUUUCGCAAUCGUAGUAAUGAGUAUCGCUUGGAUGCUUCAGAUGCCGAUUAUGUGGAAUCUGUACAAACCAGCAGUAGUUUAGGUUUUCAAGAGCCUGUAGGUCAUGCCACUUUUUAUCCCAACUUUGGCAGGGAUCAAAAGAAAUGUUACUUUUAUGGUUGUUCCCAUUCAAGGGCCCACAAUUACUUUGCCGAAUCCAUUACAAGUAAAGAGAGUUUUUGGGGUACACGUUGUGAACGUCAAUCGGAAAAUAUUUGGAUUAUGUCUGAAAAGGGUGAGGAAUUUAAAAUGGGCGGUGAGCCGUCUACGCCCAAGCAGGGAACAUUUUAUUUGAAGACAAAUGAUCAGCCACCGUAUGCUAUGGGCAAGCGGAAAGUUUUAGAGACAAUUGAAGAAGUGCCAGAGGAUAAUUAUAUACAUUUGGAAUGAGAAUUCAUCACUACUUUAUUCUAAUAAACGAAGAGAAACCAAGGGAGCUAUAACUUUGUCUGGAUCAUAAUUGGAAUUUGUAUUAAAAUGAGCCGUUUAUUAAAAAAACAUACAAAUUUAUGGAGAUUGGACUCAGCCUGAUUAUAGUACUUCAACCUAAUUAUCUGCCUUUAAAUCAAGCUAAAAAUAUGUAUUAAUUGUAUUAAGUAUAAAAUUAUUUAUUUAAUAAAAUUUAAUUUAUGUCAGAUCUCUAA